CACGUGGGACUGGGACGCCUCCAGCAGUGCCGGCCUUUCGGCUGUCGCGGCCCACAGUCUGCAAACCAAAAUUGAAGGGGCGCUGAAAAGUGCCGCAGACGUUUCUGGUGUGGAGAAUAUUACUAUUGCGGAUACGAGCACCCCGGAUGAUCUUGUCAUUGAGUGGAUCGACGAAAACCCCGACGCCAUGCAACUACCCGCACGCGGUCCAGGUGCGGGAAACAGUUCAACUCUGACUGGCUGCACGAACGGGUACGGGUACCGCUGCUACCCGUCGAGCGACCCGUACCAAGGCCCCCCGACUAUAACGGAGUUGAUGGAAAUUGAACUUGUCUUGCGGUCUGAACCGGUGGAAGCCUCCCUGGUGCUUCCUUUCUCGGACAUCUACAACACCACCCAGCCACUCAUCCUACACUUUGCAACCUCCGAAUGCGAGACCUCGAACGCAAACAUCGCACAGAUGCGACAGGUGGCGGAGGUCCAUACAAACGUCCAGUUUCUGACCAUCAUUCCCUUCCGUUCGACCGAUGGCGAGUGCUUCGCCAACGAGGAUGUUUUGGAGGCGAAUUCAGGGCUGACGGAGCCAUGUUCCGGCGACCAGGGUCAAGCGCUGGCAAAAACCAGUGGAUUUCUUUCUUCUUGGGCGAGAAAUACGUCUGCCUCUGCGUCGGGCGAGGCGCUGCCGAACUACAAACUAUUGCAGGACACGCCCUACGUAGCGAUGAUCACAGAAGACGACGGACAAGGGCACACGUCAUACUCGACGCGUAUGCAGGGCGAAUUCUACAACAAGUUUGCCGUCGGGCAACACCGGCUGUCCUCGAUGACGGACCCCGUGGUGGACACUUGGAACGUGAAAGAACAGGUCGUCGCGUUCACAAAGUUUGGCGAUAAUUACGCAAUGGUGCACCCAAAACGGUUUGGCUCGCUCAGAACGUCAACCGCGGGGAUGACGUGGAACGAAUACAACCGCGCCGGUGCAGAGACCUGGUCAGAUGCGGACGGUGCUGGGCCUGACGGCCUGGCACUGGGUCCAGCACAAGGUCUGCUGGGGGACGUCAAGGCGCUUAUCACUUCCGUAGAGAACGCGGUCGCGCCUCCUGUCGAGCAAGACCCAAAUCCGUCCGCGGGCGAACACGGGGAGGGAGAGGCACAACUUCCGUGUCCAGCGAACGCGGGAUUCGAGUGCUUUUCUGACAGCCUUCAAGGCGGUGAUCCAUACCGUGGCCCUGAGUUGAUUGCUGCUUUGCAGGACGUUCGCGUCGUUGUCCGCGAAACGCCUGUGCGCGACUCACCUAUAGUCCCAUUCGCGGACGCUAGAGUGUACAAUCCGGAGAAGCCACUGCUUUUGCAUUUCGCGACGUCUGACUGCGUUGUGUCAAACGCAAACAUAGCAGAAAUGCACCGCCUAGCGGCCGAUCCGGGCAACGCGGAGCUCCAAUUUCUGACCGUCGUACCAUUUCGUGACGCUGACACUCGAAGGUGUUUUGCAGCUGAGACAGUACACGAACCGGGGUCCAGCACCGACGCAACUUGCGAGGGGGACAACGGUGCGUUGCUGAUGAACACCAGAGGCUACUCUUCGCGAUGGGCAUUCACACAGCACGUCGCAGACGGCGGGACGCAGAGCGCAACCUACAUGCCCAACUACCGGCUGCUGCAAGACACACCAUACGUAGCAAGCAUUGCGAACCAGCAAAGCGGGAUCAUCACACGCAUGCAAGGACAACUGUACAGCCGCUUUGGUGUGGGGGCUGGCGAAUCGGCUCACAGUGGUUCAGACGAGGAGCUAGCGGCGGCGAGCUGGCAUCUGAAGGAACAAGUAGUGGCAUUCACUAAAGACGGCGAGAAUUAUGCAAUGGUACACCCGCACCGCAUGGAUCACGGGUCCGUGGGAAUGAAGUGGGCCGAGUACGAUAGUUCGGGAUCGACCGCUGCCCCGGGGGCUACCGUGUUGGACCACUUGGAGGCCCUGGUGGACGCCCUGAAAAACAAGUUCGUGGCCCCAGUGCAGAAUACUACAACAUCGACGACGACUACGACAGCGAGCGCAUCUAACGAAACGGCCGCAAGCACACCGGCGGCCACGAGCACGAGCACGUCGGACCCCGAGAGUGGCAAUGUGACGACUUCCACGACCGCAACCCCUUCUUCUCCCACCACCUCGAGCCCAUUGCCCUCCACAAGCGCCGAACCGUCGACAACGAACGCAAGCUCUUCGACCACGGCCGCAGAAACGGUGGAUCCAACAGAUGGGGUUUCCACUACCUCGAUUCCGGUGAGCAACAACGAAACGCUCGCGGAAAUUUCAAGGCAAAUGGAACUGCAACUGGCGAUCGGCAAAUCCGUCCAGGACGUGAUUGCGCUCAUAACGGGCGCAAGCUUCCGCAACGCGAUAAAGAGUGGCGUUUUGGCUUUCCUAAACGAAAAAUUCUUCGCGUCGGCCGGUACGCCGUUGAACAUCUCUCAAAUCCAUGCCAUGACUCCGGAGCUCGUGCAGAGCUUCAUGUCAUUCAUCCAAGAAAGUGCCACAAAUGGUGGGCGGCGAGUGAACAACAACGUGACGCAGAGCGUGACGGUGCAGUACAAGUUCGGCAUCCGCCUAGACGCAGCAGUGCUGGAAACAUCCGACUGGAACUGGAAUCCAUCCACGACUGACGGACUUUCAGACGAGGCAUCAGAGACGUUACGAGCCGAUAUCAAGACUGCGCUGGCCAGCAGAGAGGAUUUGUCCGCCAUCGUACACGAUCUCACAAUCCAAGACACGAGCACACCAGAAGACCUGGUGAUUGACUGGAACGAGGACAGUGAAUCUCCACCGAUUGCGAGUACUCCGACAACCCCUACAACCCCGCCUCACACCGUGCCUCCCAUCCUUGACCAGAGCAGCACCGCCAUUAUCAAAAUGAACAUAGAGGCUUUAUUUUGUGCCUUUUGGUUCGCGUGGUACCAACUGUGGGCUUUGUUUAUGCAAUGGCAAAAACGUGCCCGUUAUUUGUAUUUCGAUGGCUAUGAGAUUCAUAACGCAUUUGUUGCAUGCCUAUUUAGGUAGAGAUAAAGCAGCGCCAAUUUUGAGUAGUCGCGUAAGCAGCGCGGAUAGCGAAGCGUCCCUGUGUUCAGCUUGAUAAAGAGCCCCGGAACAUCUACAACUACGCCGAUCACGGUCCUAAAGCAAGACGACGAGGAUGCCCCCGAAGAUGGGAGCUACACGGAGGCAGCCGCAAACAAUAGCACGACCUCGCCGGCCACGGGUGCUGGCUGCGCAGCCCCAGAGAGUGACCAGCUAGAUCAAUUGAAUCUGACGAGCACUUUCGAUUGGGCGGAUGUCCUGGGUGUCGAGCGCUUCCCGCCGGGAGGGCUCAGUGCCGACGCCAAGCCGAUAGAAGGCGUCACGUGCAAGGUAGCUGAUUCGCUACCGCCGACGUUUUACUGCCCUGGAAUUGGAGAAGAGCUGAUGAUGCUCGGUUGCGAAGCUGAACCGACUACUACGACAAUAAUUACGAAGAGGAAAAACAAAACUGCUGCGCGGAAGUAGUUCACAACUGGUUCUUGGUCGUUUUCGACGGGAUCGAAAUGCACAUGCAUGCGGGCCUUCUUGUCUGUGUUUUUUUUUUUUUAUUUGUGCUUGCAACGCUCAAACUCCAUUUUCGUGGUUUGCAUUGAAUUGCAGGUUCGAGAGCCGCCGCCGCACGGGCAUUCUUAUGUGGAUUGUACUGCGAAUUAUGUUUUCUUUUUCCUCUUGAUGUCACGAGAUCAAGGAUCUUUGGGAUUCCUUCCGGACCCCUGUUGCGGGUGUGUGGAAAGCACAAUCGAGCAAACCGAUACCGAGUCGCCUGACGCCGCGUUUCUCCAGCGGAACAAAACUUCUUCCGCAAACAUCGACAAAAAUCCUGAAAGAAAUGCAAAAGCCCGCGACGGCCUUGAACCGAGCCAAAGCCGGCGCAUCCCGCGCUCAAAGAACAAAGCGCCCGAAGGUAAGAGCAAAGCGACUACAACCCGGCAGUACAUGUCCUCCUACUUCGAAAAGCCGAAGCAAUCUCGUCUGUCCGUUUUUCUGUCUGGACGAAAAGCAAAAGCCGUCCAGCUUUUCUUAUCUCGCCGGCGUGCCAGCCAAUCGCCUAAGCGUGAGGUUUCGUUACCGCAGCUGGUGGUGUAA